UUUAGUUCCUAGCGCUUGCCUAAAUUUAUCACACAACCGACCCCGCAGCAUGACUCUGAAAGAUUGGGAACACGUUGAUUAUGGACGGGGAUCGCCUUCGGAUGCCUCUCUUUACCGACAAUGGAUUGGGCAUUGGUCAGCAAACCAGUCCAACCCAGAGAUACAUCGAUGCCUGAAGCAUAAAUAUUCAGAUCAUGCGCUUGUAGUCACUAUGGACCGCGCUCUAAAUCUCUUCACAUUCCCAGAGGCGCGUUUGACAUUGCACGGAACUGAUGGGCCUCUUUCCCAUGUAAUUUAUGAACCCCCGCCUCGUCGGGGGGCUGGGCCUGGCCAAUUAGUCCAGGACAUUCAAUUUGGAACAUACCGACUGGAUUGGAAGAGUGAAAUAUUUUUGGUUGUCAUUGCUGAAUGGCUGAAUAACGGCUUCCAGCCGACGCGCGUGCAUGCUGUCUUACGGAAAGGACCUGAUGUUUCCCCGAUCAAUGCACUUAUUACUGCUGCUUCUGCUUAUGCGACGGAAUUAAGGGAAGAAAUCUUUGUUUUCAACCAAGGAGUAUGGGACAAGGACCACGAUCUGUGGCUAGAAGUUCAAAAGGCUGAUUGGACAGACAUAAUCCUAGACGAAGAGUUCAAGGAAACGAUUCACAAAGAUGUGACUGGAUUUUUCAAAUCUGAGAAGAUAUAUAAGGAUCUGGCCAUUCCGUGGAAGCGUGGUAUCAUCUUUUGGGGGCCUCCCGGAAACGGCAAGACAAUGACUCUCAAGGCAAUCAUGAAGGAAUCCGCGAAUCCAUGCCUCUACGUGAAGUCCUUUCACAGUUGGAUGGGCGAUGAGGGAUCCAUCCGGGCAGUCUUCAAAAAAGCAAGGCAGACUUCUCCUUGUAUUCUUGUUCUCGAGGAUCUCGAUAGUUUGAUUACUGAUGAGAACCGCUCGUUUUUCCUGAAUGAGCUCGACGGACUGGAAUCAAACGAUGGCAUUCUUGUCCUUGGAACAACCAAUCAUUUUGACAAGCUUGAUCCAGGCUUGUCAAAUCGCCCUAGUCGUUUCGAUCGCAAGUAUAAAUUUGACAGUCCAAGCCUGAGCGAGCGGAUUUUAUACUGCAAAUACUGGCAGAGGAAGCUACGCACCAGCAAGUCCAUCAACUACCCAAAGACAUUGAUAGAGAAAGUUGCUGGACUCACCGCUAAUUUCUCCUUUGCUUACAUCAAAGAAACAUUUGUAUCAACCCUGACGUUCAUUGCCGGAGAUCAAGCGAAAGGGUGCGCAUUCGAAGAUAUCAUUGAAUCCCAAAUCACGUCACUGCGUGAGCAGCUUGGUCAUGAAGGUGUCCGGCAUCCUUAUGCUCGGCCAGAAGUACUUGGUAGACACGUCAACAGCGUCAACGCAGCGCGGCCACUUCCAGGUCCCCCGCCCCUAGUACCUUCGAGUAAUUAACAGGAUUGACAAACGUCGAUCUUUUUCAUCUGCUUGUGUAUAUAUGGCAUCAUUACGUCUCACAUAGCCAAAUUUCGGCCAUUCUACCGCCGAUGUAGAUAACACUAGUGGACUGUUGCAUCGUCAUGCGACCGCGGGGUAACAAGAGUAACAACAA